UCUUCAGCCAUGGACAUAAGUUGUGAAAUAUCUAAUAGCAGUCUUGAAGCUACAGAGUUAUGGACACCCGGAAGUGAAGUCCGGGAGUACAGCCAUGAACUGUGGCUGACAAGACUGGCCUGUACCUUGAUCAAAAGUGGAUUUGUCAAAGAUGAAGUUCUUAUUGUGUUAUCCCCCAUUUGCGACGUAAAGGUAGAGUUUGCUGAACACGUUUUUCCCUACUUGAUACACAACAUACUGGAAUGUGGAGAUGAUGCCAUCAGGACGACGUUGUCGGAACAGUUCAGAAACUUCUUCACUUUUUGUAAUGGAACAAGUGUUGUCCCAAGCAGACCCAACUCUCCGUUACCUCCGAAUCAGCCAUCCUCAAGCAAAAGCGAAG